UUCACAUUCAUAGUCACACACGAGAUAUAUUAUCGCCUAAGCAUCCUUUACUAUGGUAUCUUCUAUGGAGUCGCUCCCGUUGGAGCUACUGGCGAUGAUACUAGUCACAGUAAAAUCAUCCGCUGGUGUCUCAGAUCUGCUCUGCUGCCUAAGAGUCUGCAAACGAUGGCACGACGUAGGAAUUUCGAAGUUAUACCGGCAUGUGGUUUUAGAUUGCAGAAGUAUAACCCGUUUUAGGGAAACCUUCAAUCUACGUGAAGCCGUCCGAGUCCGCUCGUUGACAGUGCGGGCUACCAGACUACCUAGGGAUGGAGUCUACCGCAUAGAUGAAGACCUGAUAUUGUUCACAGAUGUUUUAACAAAACUAGACAAUCUAUCGACUUUCUCGUUCUGCACUCCUCCGCCGGUGCGAUUUGAUGUCUACCGCAUCUGGCAAGCUCUUUUCAGCUUGAUCGAUGCACUCCCUCACAGCUGUGUCAACUUGGAACUUGAUCUUAUGGCAUACCACCGACAUUUUCCAAGGACAAGACGUGCCAAUUUCGUGCAUAUUUGCGACAAACUGCGCUGCUUACUGCCUCGUAUGCAUCAUGUUCAUCUCAAACUCCCCGUCAUAUGCCCUGACGUGCUGAGCAGUCUUUCGACAAACUCAGAUAACUCGCCGACGCCCAUUAAACUACCAAACUUGCAAACACUAUUUAUUCACUGCAAAUAUGCCUCACGCAUGAUUAUAACGUGUGGGUUGGGAUCAGCCACGUCAUGGAUGUCGAUGACCUCCAUUCUACAGAAACUUGCCGACCGCCCCGAAGCCUGCCCACCGUCUGCCAGCCUAUUCGCCCUUGGCGGUACGAGAUAUACUCGGGGUAGUACUUUGCGUGACGCGUUUAUACUCGCGGAACUUCGCUCCCGUACCAGCCGAGCUUUUCCUAUCGUUGUGCUAAACUCUGGCGGGUGGCUUAUGCGUAUGGGUGAUGGGAAAGGGGUUGUCUCUUCUUCAGGAGAACACAUCACUAAAGUAGUCGAGGAAGUUGCCUGGAAGACGCUCGUAGGUGGCGCCAGGUUACCCUCUGUCAUUGCAGAGAAUGAAGAUGAGCCUACCCAAGGGUUAUUGCCACCGCUCUACGAGGAAAGUUACUGGAGGGCUAUGAAUCCAGAAAAGACGUGCCAGACCUGGGAGAAUGAAUCCUUAACAGGAACUAUAAUGCUAGACGCAGAGGUCAGACAAGAUCCUGCAACUUAUCUGGACUUAAAUCAUAUCGUUGAGAAGACCAUAGGAACAGCUUAAUCUAUUGAAGGCAAGAUAAGAAUUUUUUCCAUCGCGAUAUCAAC